AUGAAUGCGGGAAGAUGGACGCGCGGUUCCUACGGAUCCCACUGUGAGUUCAAUCGUGCCAGGAGAAUGCCUACGAGCCUACCCCAAGAAAACUUUUACAGGAUAAAGAAGACCGACGAACGUGAUAACGUGGGACGAAAUUUGGAGUACGAACUAAUAAUGCUUACUUUUAACUCUCAUGCGCCCGUUCCUUAUGGACUUAGUGGCACCUUGUACUGUGACCAGCAGGCCUUGAAAGAUCAGUUGGGCUGCGAUUUGAACUGGCUGAUCAGGAACUCUGCGGCGAACCAGGAAUUAUCAUCCCCAUUGACACCAAGUUGUAAGAUCCGGACGGUUAUGGAUCUCACAAGACGAUUGCGACAAUUGGAUUAUACGCAGUUCGCAGCCAGUAGUCAAUAG